GACCGGCUGAGGGCGGCGGGCGGCCGCGCCGUGGUGGCGCGCGCCCGUGUGCUUAGUUCCUGGUUAACACAGAAAUGCGGAGUGUCUUGGCCGAAUCCUCACGCAGACAAGAUCAUUAUGGUCCUGGUUGAAAAAGUGAUACAUUAGUUAAAGGAGACAAAGUGGAAAGCCCAGAAGGAAAAGAAAAUAUUGUUCUUCUGGUUGAUCUACAUGACCAGCCUGGCUGCUGCAAAGGAAGAUUCCACCAAAGGGAGUGACUGAAGACUCACUGCAGGUGUGUUAGCAGCACUGCUUCUGGAACAAAAGACUCACCACGUCUCGGAAGAGAAUGGCCCUUUCCCAGGGAAUAGCCUUUUUCGUGCUGGUAGCAUCCUGUGUGUGCAGCACUGUCUUCCACAGACAGCAGCAGACUUGGUUUGAGGGGGUCUUCCUGUCCUCCAUGUGCCCGGUCAGCGUCAGCGCCGGCACCUUGUAUGGAAUUAUGUUUGACGCAGGGAGCACUGGGACACGAAUUCAUGUUUACACCUUCGUGCAGAAAAUGCCAGGACAACUUCCAGUUCUGGAAGGGGAAAUUUUUGAUUCUGUGAAGCCAGGACUUUCUGCUUUUGUAGAUCAACCUAAGCAGGGUGCUGAGACUGUUCAAGAGCUCUUAGAGGUGGCCAAAGACUCAAUCCCUCCAAGUCACUGGAAAAGAACGCCAGUGGUCCUAAAGGCAACAGCGGGGCUGCGCUUACUGCCAGAAGAGAAAGCUGAGGCACUGCUCUUUGAGGUAAAAGAGAUCUUCAAGAAAUCACCUUUCCUGGUACCAGAUGACAGUGUUAGCAUCAUGGAUGGAUCCUAUGAAGGCAUAUUAGCUUGGGUUACUGUGAAUUUUCUGACAGGUCAGCUGCACGGCCACAACCAGGAGACUGUGGGGACCCUGGACCUGGGAGGGGCCUCCACCCAAAUCACGUUCCUGCCUCAGUUCGAGAAAACCCUGGAACAAACCCCUAGGGGCUACCUCACUUCCUUUGAGAUGUUUAACAGCACUUAUAAGCUCUAUACACAUAGUUACUUGGGAUUUGGAUUGAAAGCUGCAAGACUAGCAACCCUGGGAGCCCUGGAGACAGAAGGAAUUGAUGGACACACUUUCCGAAGUGCCUGUCUGCCGAGAUGGUUGGAAGCAGAGUGGAUCUUUGGGGGUGUGAAAUACCAGUAUGGUGGCAAUCAAGAAGGCAAUGAAGAAGCAGGAGAGGUGGGCUUUGAGCCCUGCUAUGCGGAAGUGCUGAGGGUGGUGCAAGGAAAACUUCAUCAACCAGAUGAGGUCCAGAGAGGCUCCUUCUACGCUUUCUCUUACUACUAUGACCGAGCCGUGGACACAGACAUGAUUGAUUAUGAAAAGGGGGGUGUUUUAAAAGUUGAAGAUUUUGAGAGAAAAGCAAGGGAAGUGUGUGAUAACCUGGAAAACUUCACCUCAGGCAGUCCCUUCCUGUGCAUGGAUCUCAGUUACAUCACAGCCUUGUUGAAGGACGGCUUUGGCUUUGCGAGCAGCACCGUCUUACGGCUCACGAAGAAAGUGAACAACAUCGAGACCGGCUGGGCCUUGGGGGCCACCUUUCACCUGCUGCAGUCUCUGGGCAUCUCCCACUAAGGCGAUGCCAUUCCUCUGAGGCCUGCAUUUGCCAACAUUUUUAAAGGGAGAACAAGAGAGGAGAGGAUUCUGUUGUGUUCUGAGCUAGUCUAGGGGCCACCUGGACUGAAGCCCAGCAGCUGAUUUCAUCAAGAGGA